AUGGCACCCAACGACCGCAUCUCCCAAAUCGCCUCCCACCUCAACUACCCUCGUGGUCUGCUCGCUGGCCAAGUCGCCAUCGUGACCGGAGCAGGCCAAGGCAUCGGAGCAGAAACCGCAAGACUCUUCGCCAACGAAGGAGCCAAAGUCAUCAUCUCAGACAUCGAUGCCGAGAAAGCUUCCACCGUAGCCAAUGCCAUCAACAACAAUGGCGGCAAGGCAUUGGCAGUAGUGGGAGAUAUGUUGGAUGACGCUUACCUGAAGACCCUCGUGGAGAAGGCUGCCGAGUUUGGCGAGGGCAAAAUCCAUAUCAUCGUCAAUAAUGCAGGCUUCACCUGGGACGGUGUUAUUCACAAGACAACAGACAAACAAUGGGAUACCAUAAUGUCCCUCCACGUCUCCGCCCCCUUCAAACUCAUCCGCAACGCCGCCCCAUACUUCCGCGUCAAAGACAAGGCCCCCAGAAACAUCAUCAACAUCUCCUCAACCUCAGGCCUGCACGGCAACGCAGGACAAGCAAACUACGCAGCCGCCAAAGCCGCAGUCACAGGCUUGACAAAGACAAUCGCAAAAGAAUGGGGACCUGCCUUCGGAGUCCGCUGCAAUACAGUCGCAUACGGCCACAUUGCUACUAGACUCACGGCAGCGAAGGAGGAAGGUGCAUUCGUGACUACACCUGAUGGUGAAAAGAUUGCUUUGGGUAUCCCUGAGGCGCAGAAGAAGGGGAGGGAGGAAGGUGUGGGUGCGUUCAAGGAUAUCCCUCUAGGCAGACCUGGUACGGCCACCGAGGCUGCUGGUGUCAUUUUGGGGGUUGUGAGUCCAUACUUUUCGUACGUGACUGGUCAGACUAUCAGUGUCACUGGUGGACGCAACAUCUAA